AUGUCAGCAAUUGGAAAACAACUGGAGGAAACAAAAAUAGAAUAUGAAAAGGUGGAAGGAGAGUUGAAGGAGUUUAUGAAUGAGGAGAACUUGAAGAAGUAUAAAGAAUUGUGGGGGCUGGAAGAAUUAAAGAAUGAAAAGGACAGGUUGGAGAAGAGAAGAAAUAGUUGGGAGGUAUUAUAUCAAGAGCUGUUACGUGGAGGGAAAG